GCGAUAAGAUGAUGUCACAGUAGCGGGACCGGGCUUCUUCGGUUGGUGGGGGCUGUCGGGUCGCUGGCUAGUGUUGUUUGAAGACCACUCCGUUAUGACCAUCUGUCAAUUCUUCCUUCAAGGCCGAUGCCGCUUCGGAGACCGGUGCUGGAACGAACAUCCCAGCGCCGGGAGUUGGGGCAGGGGACGACAGCAACAGCCCGCGGGUAAUAACAGACGAGGAUGGAAUAACACAAGUCAAAGAUAUUCCAGUGUCAUCCAGCCAUCUAGUUUCUCCAAAUCCACACCAUGGGGGGGCAGCAGAGAUCAAGAAAAGCCAUCUUGCAGUUCUUUUGAUUCUGGAGUGUCAACAGGCAAGAACAGUGUCUUUGGGUUGUCUCAGAAUCCAUUUGCCUCAGUUAGCUCUGAAGAACAGAAGGAUGAAAAGAAACUUCUGGAAGGAAUUGUAAAAGAUAUGGAGAUUUGGGAAUCAUCAGGGCAGUGGAUGUUUUCUGUUUAUUCACCAGUGAAAAAGAAACCUCAUAUAUCAGGUUUUACAGACAUUUCACCAGAGGAGUUGAGGCUUGAAUACCAUAACUUCUUAACCAGCAAUAACUUACAGAGUUAUCUAAAUUCUGUCCAGCAGUUAAUUAAUCAAUGGAGGAACAGGGUAAAUGAACUGAAAAGUCUAAAUUCAUCAACUAAAGCAGCUUUGCUCUCUGAUAUAAAGGAUGGAGUAAAUCAAGCAGCACCUACAUUUGGAUUUGGCACUGGGCAAGCAGCAACAUUUGGAUCACCAGGUUUUCCAGUGAAUAACAGCAGCAGUGAUAAUGUUCAGAAUUUUGGUUUUACAGCAAGCUCAGGAUUUGUCACUGCUCCUUCUGGAGGCCCUUCUGUGUUUGCGAGUCCUCCAGCAUUUGGAGCUAUACCCUCUGCCAGUUCUGCCAUGUCUGCUCCCACUCCGGCUUUUGGAUUUCAGAAACCUAAAAGUACAUCUGCUGCUUCGUUUUCCUUUAAAAGCCCUGCAACUUCUAGUUUUGGAUCACCUGGAUUUUCAGGAUUUCCAUCUUCCUUCGCAACAGGUCCUGUUGGAGCUUCAGUGACCCCAGCUGAUGGAAGCGGCAAUUCUGUGGCUGGUUUUGGUAGUUCAAGCUCACAUUCUUACACUGCCUUUUCCAAACCAUCUAAUGACAUCUUUGGAAAUAACAGCAUAUCCUCUUCUCUCCCAGUCUCAAACAGCAUCAUCACAACAGAUAAUGUGUUAUUCACACCCAAGGAUAAACUAACAGCAGAAGAACUGGAACAAUUUCAAUCUAAGAAAUUUACUCUGGGAAAAAUUCCAUUAAAACCACCACCUGUGGAGCUUCUAAAUAUUUAAAAGGACAGUUCCUCAUACAAAAAAAGGAUGAUUUUUUGAAGUUGUUUUGAGUGGCUUACAUAAAAGCAAAGAUAUGUAUAUAUAUAUGUCUCUAUGUACAUAUACACACAUAUACAUGUAUAUAUUUAUAAGCUUUCAAUAAUUUGAAAGAUUUUUAAAUUAACUUCUUAAGUGUAAGUAAAACAAAAAAUAAACAAAGGAAUGUUUUGGAACUGUGAUUAUAAAUGGAAUUGAAAAAAUUGUAUCAAAUAAAGUACUCCUUAUACACCA